CAUGAACAAAACCUCCACUGCAUCUAUUUGAGCACCUUGAUCAGAGAGAGAUUCAAUCAGGCAUGGUAAAACAACACGUUUCGGCUUGUUUCUUUUGAAAAACGACAUUUUUUACAACUAGCAUCUCAGUAGUUUGAAAUGGAUUAUCAACGCCGUAUUACCUCAUAUCCUUUGAGAAUACUUUGCUUUUUUAAUCUGGUUUGUUCUGUGUUGUUGUCUAGCUGUCCUCGUACCUGUGACUCAGGCUUCAUCAUUAACAAGUGUAAGUGUGUCCCUUGUCCCAAUGGUUACUACUGGUACAAGCUUAAUGGCCGUCCUAAGUGUGACUUCUGUACUAAAGCCUGCUCAGUUGAUCGGCACUUGACACAGGUGAAGGAAUGCCGCCGGGACUCAAACCGGGAGUGCCACUGUGUCAGGGGCUUUUUCUGUGCCAGCACUGCCCAGUAUACCUGCAGGAGGUGUAAACCGUGCGUGUCUGGCACCUUCUCCAACACAGCAAACCUAGCCACGUCCUGCAAACCCCACACAGUUUGUGGCCAUAAGGGAAUGACCAUGGUAACAGAGGGCACUGCCUCUCAGGAUCGUGUGUGUGCCCAGACUUCCCCCACCUCUCCUACAACUACUGCACUUCCACCUGCUCAAAGCUCAAAGAUGUCCCUUCGUUCUGCUAUAUCCAGUGGUGUCGGCACCAACAGAGAACUCCUCAUCGCGAGAUCCGCAUCUCGACUGGUUUGGUCUCCUGAGAACGUUCUCAUCAGGUCCUCUCUGUCCCAAGCCAGGAGAGACCCCUCCAUCUCCCUCGCAACCAAGCUCACCACCAGGAGAAAGCCAUGCAAGGUGGACAGUGACACCUCACCUGCAGAGUCUGCCUCUGCACCCCCUCUUACCACAAAAGACAAUGACUCACCUCAUCUCCCAGUCCCAGCCUCUGGACAGAGCCCUCCCAGUCUCCCUUUGCUGCUGCUGAUAGUUGGGCUCUUAGGGGUCACUCUGCUGCUGAUUGGUUACUUUGUGGGGUGUAGGGGGAGGUCACUGGAGUCCAUGCACAAGUGGAAAGGUCCAAUAUUUCGGAAAUAUAUUUGUAAGGAAAGUCUGAGAGGGAGCUAUAAAGCGUGGGAGUGCCAGCCUUGUCCUGCUGCCCUACAGACGGCUUCCUAUAAGCAGGCCAAGCUGCCACAGGAGAGAAUCCCACACCUGGAGGCCCAGCAUCUUCUGGGGAGGGAGACUGGGGGAGAUCCUAGACAGGAGGGUACAGGGUCACAACUUCCAGGGGGCAUGCAGAAUGUCUCAGUAGAUCCCUCUGGAGGAGAAAACAUUAGCAACAUAGUAGGGUCCAUAUACAUCUACUCUCCAGGGACGGUUGUCCUGGGAUCCAACAAAUCAGACAGGGAGGGGGAUCAAGGGGAGAGUGGAGGAGAGGGCUGUCCCCUCACCAGCAAGCCCCAGCAGGAGUCCUCCUACCCACUCCCUUGGGGCUCCGCUCUGGGGCCAGAGGGAAUGAGUACGCCGAAGGAUACCUGCAAAGAGCUGAGCUACCCCGUGCCAGCCACCAGCAAUUGAAAACUAUGAAAAAAAUGGUGAGGGGGUGUGAGGGGGGGGGGGCAGGUUCAGUCAAUAUCAUACCAUCUCUGGGAGAGGGAGACUGAAUAUUAUUUGCUACUGUAAAGACAGACUGAAUAUUAUUUGCUACUGUAAAGACAGACUGAAUAUUAUUUGCUACUGUAAAGACAGACUGAAUUGCAAAAUACACUGGGGUCUAUGGGCCUUCUAUUAUUAAAGAGUGACAACUUGUUUGAACUGCA